ACACCAAAAUCGUAUUAAAACAUGUAACAGGAAAGGUUCGCAAGCAGACAUAAUAAUAGUUAGAGAAGCACAUGCACUAAACUAUUACUAUUUAUUAGAAGUAUACUGUCUUUGUACCUCUAACAGUUACUCCCCCGUCUCAAAUUAUAUUAUGAUCUCUCAUAACACUCCUUUUUAUUAAAACCCCUAAUACUCCACUCCCCCUCUCUCUAUAUCUUCACCAGCAAAUUCUAGAGAGACAACCCAAAAAAUCUUGAACUUUUUCUUUUCCACAAAAUGCUUUUUUGGGUGAAUUCUUGUUGUGUUUUUUGUGGGUUUUUCAUGAUUUGAAUAACCCAGAAAGGAAUUCUUGGUUCUUGGUGGACUGGUGAGUUCUUGCCAAUUUUGUCUUCUUCUUUUGGGAACUUGUGCUCUGUUUUAUUACUCUGUUUCCUGCCUCUUGCUGAACUGGUGAUUCAUUCUUGCCUGGUUUGUCUUUUUAUUCUUCUGAAGUCAGACUCAUUUCCUUAAUUCUUGAUUUAUUGGGAAAAAUUUUGGUUUUUGAUUUCAAGAAUCUUUUGUUUUAGGUCAUUCUCUUUUGGUGGUCUUGUUUUUGUUUUAGUACUGUUCUGUUACUAUUAGAAAUAGUUUCUUUGCCUUGAAGUAGAGGUACAGUUUGAGGUAGACCUCAUUCUCAUUUUGUGGGACUACCUUGGUUGUUGUAUUCUUUUUGGGGGGUCUUUUUUUUUCUUAGUAUUGUUAUGUUACUAUCUGUUGAGGUGCGGUGUACGAACACUCUCCGACCCUAAUUUGUGGACUACACUGGGUACGUUAUUGUUGUUGUGUUCUUUUGUGGGGGUGUAAUUUUUUUUUGUGACAAUGUUACAAGAUGAUGGUUCAUCAUCAGUGACUUCAUCAUCACCACUUCAAAAUUUCUCCAUGAUAUCAUCACUUUCACCUGGUUUUGGUGGUUCACCAUAUCAGUGGCUUAAGGAGUUGAAAUCUGAGGAAAGAGGUUUAUAUCUAAUUCACCUUUUGCUUACUUGUGCUAAUCAUGUAGCUGCUGGAAAUCUUGAAAAUGCUAAUAUAGCACUUGAUCAGAUUUCUCAUCUUGCAUCUCCUAAUGGAGACACAAUGCAGCGAAUCGCUUCGUAUUUUGCUGAGGCUCUUGCUGAUAGAAUUAUGAGAUCUUGGCAUGGUAUUUAUAAGGCUUUGCAUUCCACUAAGUUGUGGAUGGUGUCUGAGGACAUUUUGGUGAAGAAAAUGUUUUUCGAGUACUUUCCGUUCUUGAAAGUGGCUUCUGUGAUCACGAAUCAAGCAAUCAUUGAAGCUAUGGAAGGCGAAAAAAUGGUUCAUAUAGUAGAUCUCAAUGCUUCCGAACCCUUGCAGUGGCGUGCGCUGCUUCAAGAUUUGAGUGCACGCCCUGAAGGACCCCCUCAUUUGAGAAUUACAGGGGUUCAUCAGCAGAAGGAAGUGUUAGAACAAAUAGCACAUGUUCUAACAGAAGAAGCUGAAAAGCUUGAUAUCCCUUUUCAGUUUCAUCAAGUAGUUAGCAAAUUAGAAAAUUUGGAUAUCGAAAAACUACGAGUUAAAACCGGAGAGGCAUUGGCUAUUAGUUCAGUUAUGCAAUUGCAUACUCUUCUUGCACAUGAUGAUGAACCUCCCAAAAAGUCCCCUUUGGCUUUCAAGAAUUUGAAUGGCCUUCACUUGCAAAGGUCAUUGCUCAACCAAAAUACUUUAGGGGACUUGCUUGAAAAAGAUACACCUAAUGUUUUUAGUCCAGGCAAUGAAUCGGCAUCGUCAUCUCCGCUAUCUACUACUGCAUCAGCGAAGAUGGAUGGGUUCCUCCAUGCAUUGUGGGGUUUGUCUCCAAAGGUCAUGGUGGUAACGGAACAAGACUCUAACCAUAAUGGGACAACCCUUAUGGAAAGGCUAUCCGAGUCAUUGUAUUUUUAUGCCUCAUUAUUCGACUGUCUUGAAUUCACACUACAGAGAACAUCAUUAGAGAGAUUAAAGGUUGAGAAAAUGCUAUUCGGCGAGGAGAUUAAGAACAUUGUAGCGUGCGAGGGAGGUGAACGGAAGGAGAGGCACGAAAAACUGGAUAAAUGGUUUCAAAGAUUUGAUGGAGCUGGUUUUGGGAACGUGCCUUUGAGUUAUUACGCCAUGUUGCAGGCAAGGAGAUUGCUUCAGAGUUACAGUUGUGAAGGAUACAAGAUUAAAGAAGAGAGAGGUAGCGUGGUGAUCUGCUGGCAAGAUCGCCCGCUUUUUUCUGUGUCAGCAUGGAGAUGUAGGAGGUGAAAAUUUACACCAGUUAAAAAUCAAAGGGAUUUUAGUUUCCUCUUCCCUUUGCCUGUUGUAAUGCACUUUGUAGGAAGGUACUUUUUUCUUUGUGAAGUGAAACACCACUCCCAUGGAGGUUGUAAUCUUUCUGCCCUUUCUUGAGGAUGUUAGGGUGGUUACUUGUAUCAUUUUGUUGUAUACAGUUCAUAAUUUUGUGCA